AGCGUGUGUGUGUGUAUCUUGUGUUGAUUUCGUUUACCUACUUUGUGAAAUUGAGUGGCUGCUUUGUUUCAUAAUUUUGAACCUAAAUUUGGUACUUACCAACAUGUCUUCAGUAUGUUGUGGAACUAAAAAGCAGAAAUUAAACAAUUCUUAUGGUAACCAUGAUGACCGACCCUUGAAUGGUUACAACGAGUCAGUGGCUAUUCCUGAUAUGUGUUACUUUUGUUUCGAUGUUUUGUAUUCUCAGCUGCAUAGCUUGGACCCACCACAAACACCUAAUUUUACGAAUGAGGCAUAUCCCCUUUUUGUAACUUGGAAGAUUGGUAAAGAGCAUCGACUUAGAGGGUGCAUAGGCACAUUCAAUGCCAUGCAUUUACAUUCAGGCCUUCGGGAAUACGCAAUAACAAGUGCCUUUAAGGACUCCCGUUUUUCCCCAAUUACGCGGGAGGAAGUCCCCCGGUUGACGGUUUCCGUGUCUAUCCUGCAGUAUUUCGAGGAAGCCGAGCAUUAUUUAGACUGGAAGCUGGGCAAGCAUGGGAUUCGCAUCGAGUUCCUUAGCGAACGUGGCUCGAAACGCACUGCAACCUACUUACCUCAAGUUGCUACUGAACAAGGCUGGGACCAGAUACAAACAAUUGAUUCUCUCCUCCGAAAGGGGGGAUACAAAGCAGCUAUUACAGCUGACAUGCGACGGAGUAUUAAGCUGACUAGAUAUCAGUCGGAGGAAAUCUCCGCUUCCUACAAUGAUUAUAUCAACCAGCGUUGCUAGCAAAUAGCCUCUCAGCCCUGCUUAGGGUUCCCAAACACGAUAUUCGCAUAUCCACCUCCUUUUAUAUAUCGGACAAACGCGAGUGACAGUGUUAACGUAGCAUCUAAGAAUACAUACAGUGUACCAAGUAUGUGGAAUUAUACGGAAAGUCAGAAUUAUGCUCAAAGUGGUUCCGGGCGUAACAGAUCUGUCGAUAUUGUUUAAGAUUUUAUCACUGCCAAUGACAUUCCUGUGGGAAUAAGGGUGCCAUCAAAGACUUCGGUAUUUCGUCUCCCCCCGGCCGCACAUUUCACAUUGUACUAUAGAAUAAAUACAAACAUGUCUUACGAGUGGUAUAAUAGAAUCAGACUCACAAAUAGUACAAAAUUUAAAAGUUAUAGCAAAAUGUAGGUGUGAAACUAAAUAUUAGAAAAACAUAUUUUUUAAAAUCGACACAACGUCGCUGCAUCUUAGUAAUUCUAAUCUCUCAGUAUUGUAUUACUGCAGACUUUCUGAAUUACGAAUUGAUGGUUUAUGUAAUUAAUUAUAAGUAUCUUUAGAUAAGCCUACAAAAUUAAAAACUAAUUAUUACUUUUACACCUAUUUCUAGCCAUAACGCAAAUACUGUGCCUUGUAGCGCGAUCUAGAAACAUCUUUCUAAUGUGUGGCCAAUCUUACAGAUUUCUCUAGCUUAAUAGAAAUAGAUUCGUAGUUUAGCCAAGCCUUAUAAAUAGAUUUAUAAGUAACAUCUUUACAGAGUAAUGUUGCGAUGAGUCUGUCCAUUGAUAUGUAAGGUACGUGUUUUUACAUCCUUAAUGACAGUUUUAUUUCCUUCGAGUUUUUUGUAAUAGUAACGUCAGUCUCGCAUUUGAAAAGUCUUAUCUAUUAAAAUAUGGGAGACUUGCGCAUACUAUUUUUAUGAAAGUGUUGACUUUAACUGCAUAUAACAAACGCUUUCGUCUUGGGGGGGAAGGGGGUAUCAACUAUACAUUACCUAAAAUGUAUAUGCAUUGUAAAAUACACCUUACCUAAGGUGGUAAAUGCAAGUCUCCCUUAAAAUACUACACAUUAUCCUGUUUUAGCAGCGACUGACGAUAACUAUAUGAGGGGUAUGUUUAACGACAGAACGUAUACAAAAUAUUGUCUUAUUACCAACUAACGGACGAAAUAUCGCAGGUGUGCCUAUAUCACAUAGCUUAGAAGUGUUGAACGAAGUUUUGUCGAUUUAGAAGAGUAAUUAUAGAUUGUCUUGGAUUUAGACUUAGUCCUCAAUGAGGUUAUCAUGCAUCAGGAAUAUUUUUAAUAUAAUAAUUCGGGCCAAAAUGUUACAUGUACGUUAAGUAUAAAAUUCGUAUUUCCAGACGAUUCUCCGUCUUGAGCACUUAAAUAUGUCAACAAUAUAGAAGAAAUAGUUUAUGCCACCUUCGAAUUAGAUUUCAAUUGGUGGAAGAUCUUGAAUCCGGGCCUUAAUAAAAUCAUAAAAAUAAUACAAUGAAUUAGAUAUAUCGUGAUAUUUAAUACAUUUCACGUGUAAUAAAAAGCACAAUAAAUAUGGUAGAAUAAAAUUUACGAACUGGUAUUAAAAAUGUCCAUGACAAUUUCAGGUGUAUAGUUUUUUGCUUGUACAUAGCAACUUUGUUUUAAUUUAAUGCCGCUAGCAAAUUAUGAUAUAUAAUUAGAAAACUAAUAAACCCUACAUGUAAAUUAUAUUUUUUUAGUAACAUUACGAAGUUUUUGUAUAUUUCCUGAUGUCUAUCACGGAUUAUGUAUUAAUCAUGUUUGUUUGACGUCAAAUCCCUAAAAUCAUAAUAAUUGUUUUAUACUUAAUACAUAUUAUUAUUAAAUUAUAUUUUUCGUUAAUAUGAAUUCACGUAGAUCAUAAUUUUGACUUUACGUUUAGGUAUUAACAAAAUGGCGUGCUUAAUAUUCACAAUAAAUAACAGCUAUUAUUUUUAGUAAUUAAAUGUAACAUAAUUUAGUAUCAAGUUUGAAUGACAAAAUAUGGUCGUGGUAGAUUUGGCUAAAUUGCGAUAUCGUGUUAAUGUUGUUGUUAUAUUUUAGUUUUACAUUAGUCGAGGUUUCAGGUUGUACUAUGUGAACUGGGGUUAUUAACAUUUUAUUUUUAAAAAAGUUAUCCAGACAUAUGACAAAACUACUCAAUACUACACGCUGAAAUACAAAGCAGCCACACAUCAAUUUCACGUGUUGUUAAAUGCAGAAAUAUAUGUAAGGUUUUGUUAAAAACUGGACAGUUUUAUUGUAUACAAUAAUUUAAUUUCUAUUUAUUUAUCAAUCUCGGACUGAAUUGGGAAUUGGAAUAUAUUGGUACCAUAGUGCAUAAAAAUAUCGUUGAUUUUCUUAUGGAAUCUAUGGUGAGACAGCACGAACUUAUUUUUAAACAAUCAUGGAAACUGAGUAUAAGGGAUUGAUUUAGCAUUUUGUAACCUCAGUUCAAAUAUAUUAGUCAGUAAGUAUGUCAAUUAGUUAGGUUUUCUCAAUUUAUGAAUCUAAUUUUUAAUCAACUAACCUAAUGUGACUUAUGUCGGUACGUUGGUAGUACGUACGUACGUUAGUAGGUACGUUGAAUAAGUCUCACUAACACUAUGAGGUGAAGGCUUUGUGCUUUAUAUUUCGUAUAACAAUGAAACAUACUACAACAUAAGUCAAGUAUUACUGUAAGUAAUACGCGAUUCUUAGUAUGCAUUAAAUUCUCACGUUUGAUUCUAAGUAGUGAUGCCAACUCGUACAGAAUCUUCCCCCUAGGACUGAAUUUGUCAAAUACCCCUAAAGUUUUCGGUUUGACAGGUAAUUUCUAAUAUACAUAAAAAUACUUUCAACUUAAAAUUAUGAUCUUGGAGUAUUAUAGCUUUUUGAUAUUUUAGUUAUAGCCACGCUUGGCAACCACCCAAUAUAACAUUGGUUUAGUUGUUGGUUGGGUUAGACCAAAGUUUAAGGCUAAACCUUAAUAUAAAUUGUAUAGAAUCGUACGUUUAAAAAAUCUUGUACAAAUUACCCCCUAUAAACCCAAGACAUUGAUUUCCCCUAAAUUUGGAGGGGGGGGGGGAACCUCCAAGUUGGCAUCACUGUUCGUAAGUGGUUUUAUGGAUUUGAUGAACUAUUUGUAGGGAUCCUUAAAUAUUCUUUUCUUCUAGAACAAAAAAUAAAUUCCGACUGGUAUAGAUAAAACUAGCUAGACCAGUGUUUCCCAAUCUUUUUUGAGCCAUGCCCCCACCUUAGCCUUUCUAAAAAUCUUAUGCCCCUCCAAGUAACAUACAAUAUUUUUAAUAUAAAAAAUUGAAUGGUUCACUUAAGGAACUUAAAUGAUAGGACGAAAUCGCUACAAAAUUGUUAACGAAACUCUUAUUGGGUUUUCAAAACAAUGAAAAACGCCGGUUCCAAUCGAACCCAUGGGACCCACGUUGGGAAACACUGAGCUAGAUACUCGGUUAUCGAUUGUAAGUAAUCAAAGCAAAAAUUCUAAAAAAAGUAUAUAAUACGAAAAAUACAAAAAGUGUGUAAGAUAAGGAUAAGAUAAUUUGUUGUAGGUUAAGUAGCCGUUUUACUUUAACAAUAUUUUUAAUACGAAUUGUUGUUAUUUUAAUAGACGUCGACUGGUUAAAGCGUCAAUCUUAAUGAUAAAUAAAACAUCUGCCGC